GCCACUCAUAGCGGAAUUAAUUAUGUUUAUAUAUAGAUAGUAAGAUCGCACUUCUGAAGUUUCCCAGUCUGUGUAUCGUUUCAGUGAAUUGAAAGUCCAGCAUACUUUGUUUGCAAUGGCUGUACAACAGUUCUAUCUGCUAGGGGAGCCGAUCUCCUCUGCAAGGGAGAUCGAGAUCGAGCCUUCUCUUGACAUUGAGGGUCUCCAGCAUCUCGUUGCCGCUCACUUUGCUAUUGUUGAGCCUAAUGGUAUUGGAUUCCAAGCCAACGACAACACACUAAACGAUAUACCCGAAAUCACCUCCAGCGACAGCCCGGUGGCAAUUACGAUUGACGGAAGGGCAGUUCGCGAGCCACAAGGUCCUAAGGGCCUACCCAUGGUCGGCAGCUUCUUCGAAGUAUAUCCCGACCACCUAGGGAACCACCAACGUCUCUUCGAACAAUAUGGUCCCAUCAUCAAAACCACCAGUCUCGGUCGCACAACGUACUUAACCAAUGAUCCUACCAUCUCGGCCAUUGCAUUCACCGAGUCCGACUUUUUCACUAAAAAGAUCAACGAAGCACACCCUCUCUACGCGCUGAAACAACCCAGCGCCGGUGUUUUCCUAGGUGACACCGACACACCUGAAUGGAGGGUUGCGCAUAAAUUCUUGCCUCCGGCGCUCGGCCCAAAGGCGGUCCGUCACUAUGCGCCUACCAUGCAGCAGACCGUUGAGGAUGCGUUCAAGGUGUUCGACGUGUUUGAUGAGCGGGAUGAGGCGUGGAAUGUCUACCAGUAUAUGUUGAAGUUAGGUUCGCAGGCUGUUGGCAAGCUUACGCUUGGGUUGGACUUCGAACACUUUUCUUCGCCUGAUGCAAAGCUUCAUGAGAUGAUUCAUUUGAUCGCGGAGUUGCUCUCGCUUAAUAAAAAGGUUACAUCGAAGGGCGAUUGGUAUGCUAAGUUGCCGUUCGGUGAUCCACAGAAGCUCAAGCAGACCAAAGCCCGAAUUGAAGAGAUGGUGGAAGAGUCUAUUCGGUCGGCUGAACGAGGCGGCGUUGUCGAUUUGCCCCUCCAGGAUGCAGCUCUGCAGGCCUCCAACAUGAUCGAUUACGCCGUGCGCGCCACCGACAACAAAGGCGAAAAGCUACCCAAGUCAAGUCUAGUUUGGGCCAUUACCGUUGCAACCGGCGCCGGUUUCACAACUACCAGCUCCCUCCUUUCAUGGCUAAUCUACGGUCUUGUCACAUACCCGGGUAUGCAAGACAGGCUUCUCCAGGAACUGAUCGACCAUGGUAUCGACGAGAAUACCCAACUCACAGCCGAUGUCACGGAUCAACUAAGCUUCCUCGAUAAGUAUAUUAAGGAGACGCAGCGCCGACACAACCCCAGUUUCCAGCCGGGUCGGACAGCGAAGGUUGACCUUAUCCUACCAGGAGGAUACAAGAUCCCCCAGGACUCGGUCAUCAUCCCUGCAUUGCAUCACAUUCACAACAACCCCGACCUAUGGGAUAACCCGAACAAGUUCAACCCUGAUAGGUGGGAUUCUGAGGAGGUGAAGAAUAGACACAAGGCCGCGUACAUACCGUUCGCUAUGGGGCCGCGGAUGUGCAUCGGAUUCAACUUUGCGCUCCAGGAGAUCAAGGUUUUCCUUCCCAAGUUGAUUUAUCGGUAUAAGUUCACUCGGGAGGGAGAUGGUCAUAUUGAGUAUGACCCUAUGUUCCAGUUGAUUCGGCCGAAUAACCUGUAUGUUCGGGCAGAGAGGAGAGUUAAGUGGCCUCCGAAGUCUGAGAACUAG